AUGGCAUCAUUUUUCAAUCUCGGGCUCUGGUUGUCUUCAAACGACUCCCUUGCGCCCAGUGAUCCGUGUCUUCCCCAUCCACCCUACGGCUCGCCCUUUCCCGCCUUCUGCUCGACUUGCUCUACCGACCUCAACUACACCACAACGACUUUCCUCUUCGCUUCUGGUCCUCCAAACCGGAUUUCUUCCUUCACCUCCUCCCCCGCGACCGUGAUCAUGAGCUUUUGGUCUGCUUUGAACAAACUUGAAACGUCUGACCUGCCUCCGCCACCGGAUGAAACUACUGAAGCUGCGGAAACAGAUGAAGGAUGGGAUGCUGUCACAAUUGUCAGCGCAGUGUCGGGCGAAGAACCAACACUCGAGGUCUCGGCUGUUUCCAAGAUCAAGGAGAAGGCUCAAGCCCGCUCGACCAACGAAGAAGAGCGUCGUCCACCGGGCGAGCAUCCUCCUCCAACAGUGCCUCCUGUUCCCCGUGCUGUCUCUCGUGCAGCCUCGAAGGUGGAAGAGACCGUCAAGACUGCGCGUCAAGUGGACGCCAGUGAGCUGGCGCGCGAGGCUCAAAAGCGGAUCGAGCUUCUUGAGGCUAAUCUUGUUGAGUACAACCUGGUGGGCUCGGACGCCAACACUGGAGUAAUCUUCCUCGCUCCAACGAGCUCUGGCAAGACGACCACGCUGCUCUGGCUUGAAGGCCAUCCGAUUGAAGAGCGUGCUGUUCCCGGCAAAGAACACUUGCGCCAUCUUAACGUGGCCUGCAGCGCCCCCGACGAAGUGCAGGGGCUAGUGGGGGACGGUAUAUCGGCCAGGACCAUCACGCCGCGCUAUCUCGCGAGGGAUCGCAUCGUGUACGUUGACCCUGCUGGGUUCAACGACACCCGCUCGGUCAUCCUCGCCAUGAUCAACAGCAUGGGUUUGCGCCACCUCCUGGACAAGAUGCCCCGCAAGCGAAUCGUCCUGCUCGUCAACUUCCGGGGUCUCUCCCGCCUUGAUGCCGUCUCUAGCAUGCUGCAGAGCUUGCAACGGCUUUGCCCCGACUUUGAGGCUCUGGCUCCGGGAAUCCUCUUUCUGUACUCCCGCCUGGACGGGAAUACGAGCAAAGAGGUCAUCGUCGAGCUUCUCAACGGCUACAAGGCGCGCCAGGGCAUUCGCGAAGUACCCUACUACACCAAGACGCUGGACCUGAUGAUCCACCAACUCGAGCGCCACGAGGACACUGUCCUCCUCUACCCACACCUUGAUGCCCCCGAUGGCGUGCGCAAUAUCAUUGCUCGUGGCAUUCGCGAUUGCUUGCCGUUUCAUCAUAUGGGGUCACCCCUUGAGGAUGGCGAGAUUGCCAUGAUACAGCAGGCCAUUGGCAAGGAACUGGGUAGCUUGCAUACCUACCUCAGCAGUGAACAGCCCAGCGUUUAUCGCCAGGGCAUCAAACACCUGACCACGAUUCGCACGCUUGCUCAGCUCAUUAAUGACGAGGCCAUCUCUGAGAUGUAUCACCAAGCUCUCGAUCUCCUGGGCAAGGUCAUUCAAACGCAUGCUGUGAGCUUUGCGCGCGCUCUGAAAUCUGGGCAAUUUGAGGUAGCCGCCCGUCACGACAAGACCCUUCAAGCUCUGGAAGGCUACAACCAAGAGUUGCAACAGACCACUGCCAUCUCUCGAAACCUUUGGUCGCGUGUGCAGCAAGCCUGCGACCUUGUCGACAGUGCGCAAGCCUUUGAAUCUCUCGCCGAUUUGCAGCGAGCGCUUCGAGCGGCGGCUGCAGCGGUGGGCAUGCGCUUGGCCAAGGACGUAUCAGACGCUAACGAGCAAGAGGCGUUUGCCGAGUGCGCGCUGCCGGCCGUGGCCACGCUGUGUCAGUUUGACCAACACCUUGCUUCUUCCUGCUCGGGACGCUUGCUAUGGAAUCCAAUUGCCGAAUCGCUGCUGAACGAGGCAGUGCAAGCUUCAGCGGCCAUCACCGCCGUGGUCCAGGCCCUGAACAGCGCUAUCACCGUCCCUUCUUCGCGCAAUGAUCUCUCUGUUGACAUGUGGCAGGCGCUGCGCUCUGCUCUGGGCCUGCACCAGCGCGCACAAGCGUACAGCGGAUAUGUGCUUUUGGACCAGCUGCGCACUUGCUAUGAUCAGGACAAGACCUUGCUUCUCGAAGCUGCCAGCCAGCUCUGUGCAACCAUCACAACCAUCCACAAGCUGAUGGCCGAGUAUCACGCAGAAGACCUUAUGCUGGAGCGCUUGGCUAGUCUCAUGGCCUUGCUUCGGCACGUGGAAACGGUAGCCGGGCCCGAGUGCGUGGCCCCUGGCUCGCGCCAUGCCGACAUGCAAAGUGCUUUUGCUCGCGUUGUCCGCGAUCGCUUGAAGAAACCCAUCGCCCACGCCGUCACCGACGAGCAGCCAGCGCUUGCCGCAUCUGCCCUCGGGCAGCUACUUGCCCUCCUCGAACCCUUUGGAGCAGACGAGGUGGUGCAAGAUACUCAACGCGAUGCCCUCCUACUCCUCAAUCGCCUGGCCAACCAGCAGCGCCACUGCCAAGAGACCCUGCGCACGAUACUCGCCCACGAGGGCUCUGCACGGGAUUUUGAGGCCUUAGUCAAGGCGAUAAAAGCGCUCACCGCGUGCCAAGUUCUUGACAAGAUUAUCGAGGAUGCCCGCUGGUUGCCUGCAGAUGCCGGCUCACCAGACGCCCAAGCGCAAGAUCAAGGGCAAGAACAGGGUGCUUUGUCAGCCAAAGUGACUUGGCAAACCAGCGCCCCGCUUAUUAAGCGCACUAUCCAAGAGCUGCACGACUUUCUUGGCUCCUUGUGCAAGGACCUUGCAUCCGCGCUCAACACGCGAGCCACUCCCGGAGAUCGCGUUUUGACAAGCCUGCAAGCCUUCCACCUCGUUCAGAGCCUGCUCGACGAUGAGAUUGUGCAAACCCUGGUGGCGCAAGUCGCUGCUACCAUCACGCAAGCCUGCGACCAUCUUGCUUGUUCCAGCGUUGAGAGCAUGAGUGGUCACACCCGGGAUGGCCACUUGAAGUGGUUAACGCAGACGGCCGAGUUUGUCGGUGAUCUCGACGCUACCUAUCCGCUCUUGCGCAGCCCAGAAUGGGCUUCGGUUCAGGCUAGCCUCAAAGAUCAAAAUGAGCGCAUGCUCGCCGACACCAAGGCUUGGGGGGACCAACUGGUUGCUACAGUGCGUGACACAGUUUCCGAGGAUCGCCUGGGCGAAACAGCAUCUGAGCUCGAUGCGCUGCACGAGUUGGGCCAUGCGCAGGAUCUGCAGGUCCAAGGCAUUGCAGCCCCCUUGUAUGAACAAGCAUUGGAGGUUGUGCGUCGUCGUUUGAAAGAGCUUUACGAGGAGUUUAAUCUCUCUAUCAGCGCGACAGAUCUGGGCGUCUCAGUGAAAGCCAAAAAAGUUCUCAUUGAUGCCAUAGUGUUGCAUCCCCAUCUCCCCGAGGCCAAUCUUAUUACCAAGUCCAUUGAAGAAAAAGACCAAGCCAUGAUGAAUGCCCUCCGGGAGCAAUUUGACACCGACCUUCUUGCCAACAACUUCCACGCAAUCCAUGAUGUUCUUACGGGUCUGUUACAGACUCAAGACGCCCCAGAAUGGCGCGCCGCCUACCGAGGGCUCAAGCGCACUGCUAUUCUCAAGAUGCAGCCAGAGUUGAAUCAGCGUGUGGAGGAAAUGCAACGCGCGGCGCGUGGCAUUCGUGCCACCCAUGCCAGUACUCAGAUUGGCGAUUUGCUACAAAGGCUCGAUCAGCAGGACGCCUGGUUUGUCAAGGCGCGUGUCCUGGAUGCUGCCCUUCCUGAGCUGCGUCUAGCCGAGGCAGAAAAGCAGUUUUCAAUCAUUGUCAAGAACAUCUACCACCGCUUGUGCAGCCGACUCUGGGCAGCUAUGAAAAAGUACCAUUUCAAUACAGCUGAGACUCUCUACGGUCACCUCCAAGCGUGGCAAUGCGUACACCGCGCUGACCUGGACUCUUCCGAUUUCCUUAACGAUACAUCCAUGGCUGACACUUCCGUUGCCGGUGAGGCGCCGAUGAGCGAUAGUGCCAGCGAGGCCCCCAGCGAUGUUUUCGGCGCCCCUAGCAAGUUGACGGCCAUUGAACGCUACGCCGCCGAACUAGAUACACAGGUGACCAAUCAUGUCACGUCUCUUUUGAAGGAGCGGCGUGGUGUGGAACUCGCUCGUGUGCUACGCAGCCUGAAGUCAGUGUACGAUGGGGUGUCAGAGCAGGGUCUGUUCACAACGGAUCUGGUUGGGCUGGUGGAUCAAGUCUUCCACCAGGUGCAUCGCGAGGCACAAGCCGAGCUUUCGGGCAUGCAGCGCACCCUGUACCGACAAGGAGGUCCUGCGGCAGCCCGCGAGCAGCUGGCCGCGUUCGACGAGUUAUUUCGACCGCUGGAAACGCAACGUCUGCCGCCCUUUGAGAAUGACGAGUCGCAGAUUUGUCAGCUGCACAGAGCAGUACUGACAGAAGUCCGCGAUACCGAGGAAUAUUUCACCUUGCCCGCGCUUUCACCUGAGGUAGCAGAUGAAAUUCUUGCCAUGCUGGCUCAGGGUCGAGCGGGGAACAUGGGCAGAGUACUUGAUUCGGUCAAGGCCCUCUGUAAGAGGGCGGUGGCUGAUUUGCAGGGAAAUUGCUACGCCAAUGAAUUGGGCCUUGGUCUGACUGACAUUGUCGUGGACCGCUUCUUGGGGCUUGCCAAGCUUGGGACCGAACUCAAGCGUCCCGACAUUGCUUUGGCAUCACAACACGUCAAUGCCAUGCUGGGCAGCAGCGUCACCGAAGGCUUUCGAGCCGUCAACAAAUGGCUGCGCUCAGAUCUUCAAACAGUCCAUAAUAUGUUGAAGGCUUUUAAUGUGGACCAAGCGCGAGAGGCCCUCUCGGGCCUGACGCAAAGCGUCAAUCGCCUCUCUGCUACAGGCCUUCCAGCCGAGUCGCUGGAUUUCCUCAAGAUGCUUCAGGACACUCUCGAGUCGUUUACGGUCAAUGUCAAGUAUGGCACCGAUCCGGUGGAUCGACUCGACUUGGCUGGCUUCAUUGCCGAUAGCUUUUCAGCCGAGACCUUGGCGGCUCGCAUCGACCAAUUGGCCAUGGUCACCUCGGCACAGCACUCGAGCAAGAGCGCACCCGUGUUUGGCAGCCAGGACGUCUUCAAUCCCGGACAAGCCCUGAAUAAAGUCCUUGUGCAUUGGCAGGGUCUACUGCGGCAGGCUACCACAGUUGUAGAGGAGUGCAUUGCUGGCUGUCAGGAUGUUAGCAUCCUUGCGGCACACUACGCGGCCGUGGCCAAGCUGGCACAACGACAGCCUGCCGAGCUGAACGACGACGUAGCCAAGACACUGCACCACUUGAAUGACCGCCUCGCGGCCUUUGCGCGUUCGGCCGGGGCUCGCGUUCAAGCCCGGGUCGAGGGAAAGCACUGGCACGAGCUAAACGAGAACCUUUCGUUCACUUAUCAGGUCGAACGUGCCCUCGCCACUUUGGCACAGGCCCAGCUCCCCGCGCUGACCACACCCCUUGCAGAUUCGCAGGAGCAAGCACUCCUUUCGCGGGUCCAAGCCGAGGACUAUGUGGGCAACGACACACUCGACGAACUCGCACGCUGUUUGGGGCGCCUUCAAGAGCUGUCCUCCAACUGUCUCGCAGAACGAGUCAAGACUGAGGUCAAAUCGCGCAUCAAGGCUCGACUAGACGGUCUGAAGGGCCAGGGGAGCACUGUCGACUUGGACCUGGCCGACUGCUUGUCCGACGUUGGCGAGUAUGGCGAGGAGGUCAAGCAAUCUUACAACCAGUUUGCGGAGGCAUUGGUUCGCCAGCGAAAGGCAGCAACCAAGACCAUGACGAUUGACAAGGCCUUGGCCGAUAUGCAAGCGGGGCCUCACGCCAUCUCUGCCGCACAUGCCGAUCGCCUGCGAGCUGCCUAUGACAGCUACCGUCGUGAGUUUGAAACACACAUUGCAAAAUCAACUUCGGCCAUUCCGGCCCUCGUGGAUGCCGUUCGUCAAAAGUGCGACAAAGUGGCCCACCGACCCAACGCCCUGUUGACGGAGUUGCCGGUCAUCCUCGCUGUGCUCGCAGCGAUUUGGUCCCUGGGCAGCCGCAAAGCCAUGGCUAAAGCCUCGCAAGCGGAUCGCGGGAUUUACAAGGAACUGCACACGAUUCAGGUGUUGGCACUCUUUGAGCUGCUGGGCUUGUGCGACGCCAAGGUUGGCUUGCGGCGCGUGGCCUCUUGGGUCAAGUCCUUUGUCCCCUUUGGUGCCCACGACAAGCUCAGUGGAGCCUUCGUGCAGAUACAAACAGGCGGGGGCAAGAGCAUUUUACUCGGGUUUGCCAGCACGCUCUACGCCCUUCUGGGGUUUGAAGUGUCCUGCGCCUGCUUUAGCAACAUUCUCAGCUCGCGCGACUACAACGACUUUAAAGACUUUUUUGAUGUGGUUCAAGUGGCAGGACUUGUCAAGUAUGGCCCCUUGAGCGAGUUGGCCCGAGCCGAACUGAACGUCAACGGAGAUAUCCGCCAGGCCCUGCAGACGCUCGUGAUCGACGGCCGCCUUUCGGAUCCAACGGUGCGGCCGGGUGCCCUGCCCAAAGUCCUGCUGGUCGACGAGGUCGACACGUUGCUGUCAAAUGUUUUCCUGACCGAGCCAUAUACUCCCGGCACGCUGGUGCACGAUGACAGCUUUUUGGAGCUCCUGCGCGCCGUGUGGCAGGACCAGUCGCUCACCUUGGCGCAGAUCCAGGCGCUGCCCAGCGCGCAAAAACUGCUGCAAACCUAUGCUCACACCGAGAAGUUGGUGCUCGCUGCACUGGAGAACGUCGCGUUGGCCCGAGCAGCAUUUGAGCGUCGCGAGCACCCAUAUGAAGUGCAGGAAGGCCUCAUCGCGUAUAAGCGUGAGGGCCUGGACGAGCCCAGCUCUGAUAUUUCCUACGGCUACGAGACGCAGUUUGCCUACUUGGCCGAAGAAGCGCGCGGCGCAGUGAUGCCUGAGGUGUGCAGGCAGCACGUGGGGCUUUUCUGCUCGGGCGGCCGCUUCAGCUUUGUCAAGUUGAUUCAGAAAUUUGACCUCAUUAGCGGCGUCACCGGGACCAUACCCGACGACCUGGCGCUCCUGCGCACCAAGUUUGGGGUUGGGCGGUGUUCGUACAUGCCAAGCAUGUAUGGCAAGAUCAACUUUCAGCGCGACCCAGUGCAGCUGACCAGCAACAAAGCGCAGCAGCACCAGGCGAUUGCAGGAGAGACCUUUGAGCGGGCCCAAGGGCGGGCAGUUAUUGUCUUCUUUCAGACCACGGCCGAUCUCGAGGCCUUUCGAGCUUCGCCCGAGUUUACUGCCAAGCUUGGAGGACGGCCCAUAAACAUCAUCACCGUGGGGUCGCCCGACAUUCCUCAUCGCAUCAAGCAAGCCACGCGAAAGGACAUGGUGACGCUGGCCACGGCACCCUUUGGUCGAGGCUCUGAUUUCACCGUUCUGAAUCGCGACAUUGAAAAGAACGGGGGCAUUCACGUGAUUCAGGCCUUUCUCUCUGUCGAGGUGACUGAGCAAAUCCAGAUUGAGGGCCGGACCGCUCGCGAGAGCAAUAGCGGCAGUUACCGCCUCGUGCUCUGCCUGGAAGACGUGCAAGCGCUGCUGGGCGAGCACUUCCCGUCGGACAUUCAUGAGGGUGCCUUUGCCGAACUGCCCCCGACGCUGGAUGCAGCCCGGCGCACCUUGCAUGCGGAGAUGCUUGCGCAGUCUUUUGAGGCACUGGCGGCGUGUGAGGCAGCGCACGACACGUCCCUCAAGCUGGUUCGAGAGCUCUUCAGCGGCAAAAAGGGCGACCCCCAGAACGCGCUGCGCUACGUGCAUGAAUAUUCGGCCCAGGCAGAGUAUGCCGAGGCCGUGGAUGUUGUUGUGGUGGUGGAUAUUUCGGGUAGCAUGGGGCCCCAUGUCCCGCAGGCCCAGGCAUUCGUGCGCACCAUUGCUCAGGAAGGGUUUCACUUGGACCAGGCUUCGAGUCGGAAUCGCCUGGGCAUCUUGACGUUUGAUGUGCAGGCUCAAGCCAUGGGUGGAGAGGACUUUUUGUCCGACGACUGGACCACAGUGCAGCAGCGCGCCGCGGCCAUUGCCACCAAAGGCUACCAAACCUUUUAUCUGCCGCCUCUGAAAUUGUUGGAGGAGAAGCUGUGCCAGGCCAAGGCCGCUGAUCCAACUCGCUACGCUUCGACUCGCCGCAUUGUACUCUUCCAAACGGACGGCGCCAACAUGGACACGGAAAAGUCAAGCGCCAUUCGCGCAACCGCAGAGCGGAUCGUUGACGAGCUGGACACGACGCUCAUGGCCGUCUUGACGGGGCCAGACGUGCCCCCAGAUAGCGUGGCCUACUUUGUGGGCCGGGCGGGUCAGUUUAAGACCAUGGACCGCAGCGACUCGGACUUUUUGGCUCAGCUCAUCAUCACGGUGGACACUUACGACGCACUGGUGCAACGCGCCAGCAACAUUGCCAACUGCGCCACCUCAAUGCUCCAGCACGCGUGGAAGCACGGAUUUGACGCUAACACUGUGUGUGUGUGUGUGUGUGUGUGUCGGCCACUGAUGGCGAGGGAGAGGCGGGAAGCUCUCCUUUGCCGUCAAGGUCUUUCACGAAAAAUUCAAACAGUUUACAUCCAGAUGUUCUCCUAA